UACUUCUUUCCAUCUUCCUUCACUUCUGCCCCAUACUCAUUCACUUCUGCCCCAUACUCAUUCACUUCUGCCCCAUACUCAUUCACUUCUGCCCCAUACUCAUUCACUUGCUCCCAGGACAACCGUGCGCCUUCCUCAAUCACACACUGCCCUCAAUCACCUUCACUGACAACAAAUAAACAACAAAGCUUCCUCCAUCCACGCGACAACAUUUCAACACUCAUUCAUAAACCACCCAUGACCAUUUCACUCUCUUUAAACCUCAACCCCUCAUCCAACAUACAACCAACUCAACCAACAUCACAACCCCAACAACCAACCACCUAACCCACUACAAAACGAAACCAUGUGCAAGCUCUGGAAGAAGACCUACCUCUGCGGCUGCUCCUCGCACCUCUUCCGCGACCGCUGCACCACGGCCCUCCGCUCCCCCUCCGACACCUGCGACGAGUGCUCCCAGGAAGACGAGCCGCGCAAAUCCUACUUCAAAUGCUACGACUGCCUGAAGCUCGAAGUUGAGCAGGAAAAGGUAGAUGCCGUUCGCCUUGCCGCUGCCGUGGAGGAACAGAAGAAGAAGGACACUGAGAAGGCGCGACAGGAACGUAUCCGACGCGAGGCGGAGGAACGGGCCGCGAGGGAGCGGGAGGAAGAUGCGAGGCGGGAGAGGGAAAGGCGUUCAGAGAUGGAGAGGGCGAAGAAGGAUGGUGGUGCCUGGGUCGAGAUGGGGAGUCAGAGGAGGAAGGGGAAGAAAGGGUUCCAGCCUAGGGGCCGUAUCACGAGUUUGCAUGCUGGUGGUUCUGAGCCGAACUCGCCACUGACGAUCAAGACGAAUGCGCCGGGUAUGAGCGGUAUUACGGGUGCGUUUGGGGCGUUGAGGUCUGCACCGCCGACUGCGACGACAAUGACGGGACUGAAGGAGAACGGCGCAAGUGGAGUCGAUCCUGGUGGCAGGGCUGGUCGCUGGGGUCCCUCGAACAAGACAGACACUCCGGUUAGGAUCCUCAAGCCUGAUCGAACUGAUUGGAAGAAGGUAUAGGGAGCCCAUCUUUUGAGCCUCCCCAAGAGACCAGCGGCACCCCAGGAGCGUGGCAAUAGCAAGCAUAGGAAAGUGUCAACAGGAUCGCCGCCUUCAAGCAACACGAACAUUCGCUCUGAUCAGCACGAACAGUGGCGGCUUUCGUUAAAAAGGAGAAGGAACCACCGUAACAGCAGUACCACGUUAGAACCUGAUUCGAACAACCACGCCCGGAAGAGAUUAUUCAACCCGGCUGAUUAAACAAUCGUCACAGACUUAUACAGCUCAUAGUUCCGAAAUAAAUAU